AUGAGUCCAAAUGUGCUUCAUAAUAUACCAGCCAUCGCAAGUGAGGCCUCAAGUGCUACUCUUCAUUUUGAUCCCGGGAUAGAACUGGGCCUUCGGGGAGAAAAGCCAUUGAUCUCUGGCGCCAGUACUCCCUCAAAAAAGCCAACUCCGUCUCCUCAUAAUGGCAGUAAGCAGGUCGUGGAUCAAGGGAUGAAACAACUGGCCAGGGAGCUCAAAUAUCGGGAGUUUUUCAAGCGCAGCCCCAAAAGCCCCAAUAAAGGCUUCUCUAAGUUUUUUCUUUCGCAGGAGUUAAGUCCUUAUGAUAAAACUUCGGAUGAUUCAAGCAUAGCCGACGAUACGUCUGCUAGCAUAGACGAAGAUACUGAACAACACUACAAGGAAAAACCAAGAAGACAUGGUCUGGCCUCUUCUUAUGCUCGCAAGACGACACAUGAGCAUGCAAAUUUUAUUCUUACUUUUAGCAAAGAUGGGAAAUACAUGGCAUCCGGAGGUGAUGAUGGUGUCGUACGAGUGUGGAAGGUUAUAACCUCAAGUUUUGAUCGGGAAAUACCUGAAAUCGCUCGAAACAAGAGCUUUAAUGGUCACCAUUUAAAUCUACCCUUUGAAGAGUCAGAUUCCAUUUCAAUAGGCGGUUGCUCUACGAUCAACGAUUCAGUAGAGUCGUUGGGAAACACGGAGAAUGGUUCCAAUAGGUGCAACCCAUGUCCUGGGAAAAAAUCAAAGAAGGACAAACAAGGUGGUAGCACUCCGUUUGCGCCUCUUUUCAUGCACCGCCCGGUCCGCGAAUUCCAUCACGAUGAUACUGUCUUAAGUAUUGAUUGGUCAGAAAAUGGAUUCAUCAUAUCAUGCUCUCAGGAUAGCACUAUCAAGCUAUGGCAUGUUGACCGCAACGACUGUCUGGCGGCUUUCAAACUGAAAAACUUUGCAACUCGAGUCCUUUUUCAUAAGAAAGACGAUCGCUUUUUUUUGAGUUGUCAGUUGGAUGGCUCCGUGAAGCUAUGGUCUAUUCUCGAAAAGGACGUUGUGUUGAAAACAAACGUUCGAAUGCGAAUAACGUGCAUGGAGUUUUCGCCUAGCGCAGAGGAGUUAUUUGUUGGUGGAGAAAUUGGGGGCUUUGUCAUAUUGUCGGUUAAGGAUCUUGAUGUGAUUGACAAGUUCCAGAUUAAGCGUAACAAUGUGGCGCCCAGAGUAACAGGAAUUGAUGCUUUUGAAACCAAGGACGAUGUGAAAAUGGUUGUGACAACCAAUGACUCACGAGUGAGGCUCUUCAGUUUCAGAGAAAAAGUCUUGAAUGUAAGAUACAAAGGGUACAAUAAUGAGCAUUCUACGAUUCGGGCAUCGGUCAAUGAAAACCAUUCAUUUAUUAUUUCUGGUUCGGAAGACGGUUGGGCUUACCUAUGGGCAUUGGACCUCAAUGCCCUAAAAUCUCCAGAGACGAUGAAGGGCAGUCAUAAGCUUACGUGGGAUCUCACAUCAUUAUUCAAAGACGAGAACUGUCGACACAAAAACAAGAACUAUGGUGCAUUUCAUGUUCACCACUCACGCUGUAACGUUGCCAUUUUUGCUCCCAAGGCAACAUUGAAGUUGCUUGAACUCUCGAAUGACCCCAUUUUUGAUCUGAAAGCAAGAAUGAGUUUGGGGACCACAACGAAGAAAGGAGAUGAUGAACUGGACGAUCCUUCCACUUCAAUCAUUGUUACCACGGAUGAUGAUGGAGUAAUCAGAGUGUUUCGCAGAGAUUUUGCUUAUCAGGAGCGAAAAGCCUUCCGUACAAAUCUCAAAAAGUUUGGUGGGAAACAUGAUCGCAAGUCAUUAUCCAAAGUUCGCAAUAGAUCAAGAUCUUCUAGUUUCAUGAACAAAGCCAACUCUUUGAAUAGAGGCAACAUAAAUGGCGGAGACGAAAAUGAUCGAGGAAGGAAAGAUUUCCGGCACUCGGAAUUUCUAGCUACCAGAGGAGCACUGUGUUCUCCAAAGAGGGAUAAAUCGUUGUCUGCAUCUAAAGAUGAAAUCGCAAAGCUGCCAGCUUCAGAGGCAGCUUCAGACGGAACUCUUUUUGAUUCUAAAGUGAGGUCCAUUGAUGUGAAGCUUCAAGAAAUGUUGGCUUCUUCUAGACUGGAGGAUAGGCAUGUGCCUAUCAUAUCAACCACAGAUGAAAAUGACAGCUCGCUCAGAAACGACAAUGAAGCAGCUAAUAGCGUAUCUAUGCAUGGUAGAGAAACUUUUCAGGAGACAACCAACGGGGAUCAAGAUGAGGAAACUUCAGAUUCCAUCGUUACUUCGGAAUCGGUGAAAUCAAGAGUCCAAUGUGCCAAUUGCGGCUCAGAGAAAUUUACAGCCAGGUCUCAUGGGGACACGCGCAGCAACAUCUUCUUUUUUUGUGACGAUUGUGGUCAGAAAGUUGAUUUAUAA